AUGUCGUUCCAGAACAAGAAGAGCAGCGUCAGAGCCGCGGGUGACUGUCUGAUCAUCAAAGGAGGAAAGAUAGUCAACGAUGACCAGUCGUUCUACGCUGACGUCUACGUCGAGGAUGGGACCAUUAAACAGAUCGGUGAGAACCUGAUGGUCCCGUCUGGCGUGAAGACGGUUGAUGCGUACGGUCAGCUGGUGAUCCCUGGAGGAGUCGACGCCAACACCAACCUGAACGCUCCGCAGAGCGGCAUGAGCCCCGCCGACGACUUCUACCAGGGAACCAGAGCCGCCUUGUCCGGAGGAACCACCACCAUCAUGGACCAUGUGCUGGUGGAGCCGGGGACUAGUUUACUGACAGCCUUCAAUCAGUGGAGGGAUACGGCAGAGCAGAGGGCGUGCUGCGACUUCUCCCUACACCUGGACAUCACCCGCUGGCAUGAAGGACUCUAUGAGGAGCUGGAGACGCUCAUCAAAGACCAAGGUGUGAACUCGUUCCUUUUCUUCAUGGCUUACAAAGACAAAUACCAGAGCUCCGACUCUCAGCUCUAUGAGGCGUUUGGGGUCCUCCGGGAUCUUGGAGCCAUCGCACAGGUCCACGCUGAGAAUGGUGACAUCAUUGAUGAGGAACAGAAGAAGCUUCUCGUUCUCGGCAUCACUGGACCUGAAGGACACGUUUUAUCACAUCCUGAGGAGGUGGAGACGGAGGCGGUGUAUCGGGCUGUCACCAUCGCCAAACAGGCCAACUGUCCGCUAUACGUUACCAAGGUGAUGAGCAAAUCUGCUGCUGACGUCAUCGCCAAAGCCAGGAAGAAAGGUAUCGUGGUGUACGGGGAGCCAAUCACUGCCAGCCUGGCCACUGACGGCUCUCACUAUUGGUCCAAAGACUGGGCCACGGCUGCUGCCUUUGUCAUGAGCCCACCUCUGAAUAGGGAUCCUACAACUCCACAGUACCUGACCUCCUUGUUAGCAUGUGGAGACCUCCAGGUGACAUCCAGCGCUCAGGCCAGCUUCUCCACAGCUCAGAAAGCAGUCGGUAAAGAUGACUUCACUCUGAUCCCAGAGGGAACCAACGGAAUUGAGGAGAGGAUGUCCGUGGUGUGGGAUAGAGCCGUGUCUACGGGAAAAAUGGAUGAGAACGACUUUGUCGCAGUAACGAGCACCAACGCUGCUAAACUCUUCAACAUUUACCCACGCAAAGGAAGGAUCGCUGUAGGAUCAGAUGCUGACAUCGUCAUUUGGAAUCCAAAGGAGACACGAAUUGUCUCUGCAAAGACUCACAACCUGACGGUGGAGGUGAACAUCCUGGAGGGUUUGGAGUUUCGAGGCGUUGCGUCAGUGGUGAUCAGUGGCGGUCGAGUCGUUCUGGAGGACGGAAAACUCAAUGUGACCAAAGGUUCAGGACGCUUCAUUCCCAGAAAGGCUUUCCCAGACACCGUCUACAAGAGGAUCAGGGCCCGCAGCAAGAUGGCUGAGGCUCGCGGAGUCCCCCGUGGAAACUACGAUGGUCCGGUUCAUGAUGUCAUCAGCAUGACUAAAUCGGUCCCACCCACUCCGUCCACCAGGGGGCCCACCUGUCCGAAAACCCAGGCCAGCCUCCGAAACCUCCACCAAUCAGGAUUCACCCUGGCAGGAAAUCAGAUCGAUGACCACAUACCUCGCCGCUCUGCUCAGAAGAUUGUAGCGCCGCCUGGUGGACGAUCCAACAUUACAUCCUUAUCUUAA